CAGCAAUACGUCCUUGGUUUGUUGAUGCCUUCAAGUAAGACCUGCAGAAUGGGCCUGAGAUUUGUGAAGACAUGGCUACAGGACAUGCGGCUCCAAGGACUGGUGCUAGCGGUUCUGUGCCUUCUCAUGCUCUUGCUGCAGUGCAGCAUCUCUUGGGCUCUGCUUUGCAUCUGCGAGCUGCUGCUUUUCCACUACAUUCCCCGAAGGCGUAACUGGGUGGAUGUGGUUCUGGGGGCCUUCCCUUGCCUGGUUGUCGCGGUGUACGUGAUCUUCGCCAUUGUGCAGGGGCUGCCAGGCCUCAAUGGAGACAUCCUGUCAGAUCUCUUCUUUGCAGCAGUAGCCGUCGCCCUGUUGGUCUGCCAGCGCCGCAAGACUCUGGAAUCCUUGCCGGUGCUCCCGGCGGGCCCGCAGACGCAAGCGGCAGAAGGCGAUGACCGAUGUUUCUGUAGAUUUUGGGGCUGCUGCGGGGUGCUGCUCGGUAUCUCGCUGACGGCACAGGUCCUUGGCAUGCUGGUCUACCUUGCGAACAGCUCUAGACCUGCCUACACAGAGUCUGGCAUCGCGUACUGGUGCCAAGGCGAGCCCAAUGCAUCCUUGGUUGUCUUGGAGCCUGGCUAUCUGGCCUCUCCAGGGUCGCUCUACUUUGUGCAGCAGGCCCUAGCACAGACCACUCGCGCCUGCACCUAUGACCCGGUUGGCACUGGGUUCAGUGCCGGCCAUGCGUCGGGCUUCCGCAGCGACGCCGUGGCCAUGAAGGACGUCGUGGACAGCGAGCUGGCCCAGCAUGAGGGCAGUGACUCCUGGCUGGUGGUCGUCGGGGGCCACUCUCGAGGGCACCUUACGGCUUGCCGCUUUUGGGUGGACUUUGUGAGCUUCUACGAGCGGCUGGCCGUGCUGGGAUUCGACGGGAGCUACUGCGGGCAGACGGGGUGUGACACGUGCGAAGGCUCUGGGGCAGGACUCAUGGUGGUUCGCCUUCUAGUGACUCCGAUCUUCACGCUGUUCUCUGGGUUUCUACGCCUCGCCGCGGCACUGCUUCAGAAACCAUUGAUGCAGGCCAUGGCCAGUAGGCCGGCGGAUCUUCCAGACUAUCCAGCGGCAGCCCUGAUUCAGUUUGCUGAGCCUUACUUCUGGCCGAGGCUUUGGCGCGGUCAAAGCUUGAGAGGUGAUGCUUGGGUCCACUCCUACGAUGGGCCAACAUCGUCCGAGUGCUCUCAGCACCAGUUGACUUCUGGCAGCCCUCAUCAUUUGUAUAUCGAUGCCCGGGACGUCUGCACCGGCACCCCGAGGGUAUGUGCAGAGCACAUGUCGCUGAUCUCCAGCAGCUGGUUUGCUGACAUUGCAAGUGCCAGGGCAACCAGCUUUGUCGCUCGCUAAGCGAAGGCAAAGCGUGGUGUAGAACAGACAUCCCUCAAAAUACUGC